CAGCCUUCCGGGCGCUUCCGCCUUCAUCCUAGCAACGCCCGCAGUGACGCGGCAGGCCCCGCCCCUCCCGCGCGCCUCCCGGAAGUUGCCGGCCCGGAGCUGGGCGCAGGGCUCCGUGCGGUACCGCUGUCUGGGGAGUAGUCUCCCGGCGAGAGGACUCGGCGGGGAGAGAGCAUCCGGGCCGCGGCCGGGGCCGGGGCCGCACAUUCACGUGCGCGGCGCGGAGCGAGACCUGGUGACCAUGGCGGGGCCGCAGCCCCUGGCGCUGCAGCUGGAACAGUUGUUGAACCCGCGACCGCGCGAGGCGGAUCCUGAGGCCGACCCGGAGGAGGCCACUGCUGCCAGAGUGAUUGACAGGUUUGAUGAAGGGGAAGAUGGGGAAGGUGAUUUCCUGGCAGUGGGUAGCAUUAGAAAACUGGCAUCAGCCUCCCUCUUGGACACAGACAAAAGGUAUUCUGGCAAGACCACCUCUAGAAAAGCUUGGAAGGAAGACCACUGGGAGCACACUCUGCCGGGUUCGUCUGAUAAGGAAAUAUCUGAUGAGGAAGAGUCUGGAGGUGGAGAUUCAGAGGGGCUGGGUCUGGAGGAAUCUGAUGAGGAUGCCGUGAGUACUGCUGAGGAACAGGAGUGUGGUGAUGAUGGGGACAGUAGUCUGGCCUGGAGGAAGAAUAGAAGCUGCUCUGGGAAAAUGCCAGGCUUCAGUGUCCAGAGCAUCAGUGACUUUGAAAAAUUUACUGAGGGAAUGGAUGACCUUGGUAGCAGUGAGGAGGAGGAAGAUGAAGAGGAGAGUGGCAUGGAAGAAGGGGAUGGUGAGGAAGACUUCGAGGGUGAGAGUGAGGAAGACAGGGCUGAAGACAGGAACAGUGAAGAUGAUGGCGUGGUGAUGACCUUCUCCAGUGUCAAAGUUUCUGAGGAAGUGGAGAAAGGCAGAGCUGUGAAGAACCAGAUAGCGCUGUGGGACCAGCUCUUGGAAGGAAGGAUCAAACUACAAAAAGCUUUGUUAACCACCAAUCAGCUUCCUCAACCAGAUGUUUUCCCUAUUUUCAAGGACAAAGGUGGCCCAGAAUUUGCCAGUGCCCUAAAAAACAGUCACAAGGCACUUAAAGCAUUGUUGAGGUCGUUGGUAGAUCUUCAGGAAGAGUUGCUUUUCCAGUACCCAGACACUAGAUAUCUAGUAGAUGGGACAAAGCCCAAAGUGGAAAGUGAGGAGGAGAUUUCCAGUGAAGAUGAAGAGCUAGUAGAAGAGAAGAAGAAGCAGAGAAGGGCCCCACCAAAGAGGAAGCUGGAGAUGGAUGACUAUCCCAGCUUCAUGGCAAAGCGCUUUGCUGACUUCACAGUCUAUAGAAACCGCACACUUCAGAAGUGGCACGAUAAAACUAAGCUGGCUUCUGGAAAACUGGGGAAGGGUUUUGGUGCCUUUGAACGCUCAAUCUUGACUCAGAUCGAUCAUAUUCUGAUGGACAAAGAAAGAUUACUUCGAAGGACACAGACCAAGCGCUCUGUCUACCGAGUUCUCGGCAAACCUGAACCGACAGCACAGCCUGUCCCAGAGAAUUUGCCGGGACAACCGGAGAUCCUUCCUGAAGCCCCUGCCAAUGCCCACCUGAAGGACUUGGAUGAAGAAAUCUUUGAUGAUGAUGACUUUUACCACCAGCUCCUUCGAGAACUCAUAGAACGGAAGACCAGCUCCUUGGAUCCCAAUGAUCAGGUGGCCAUGGGAAGGCAAUGGCUUGCAAUCCAGAAGUUACGAAGCAAAAUCCACAAGAAAGUAGAUAGGAAAGCCAGCAAAGGAAGGAAACUUCGGUUUCAUGUCCUUAGCAAGCUACUGAGCUUCAUGGCACCUAUUGACCAUACGACAAUGAAUGAUGAUGCCAGGACAGAGUUGUAUCGAUCACUUUUUGGCCAACUCAACCCCCCUGAGGAAGGUCAUAGGAACUGAC